AGCCUUCUACCAUCGCAUUCACUCGAGAACUUCCUCUUCACUCUCAAAUACUCAAGAAAAAAAAAAAGUUCUUUUAGCCUUCCCCAACCUAUCAAACAUGGCUAGUGCUAAGUCUGUCUGUGUUCUCUUGCUGUGCAUGGUGCUCUCCGCCCCCAUGUUGAACGUUGAAGCCCUGUCAUGUAGUGUUGUGGCCAGUAACUUGGCACAGUGCCUUACCUACCUAAGAAAUGGCGGGGCAGUUCCUCCCGCUUGCUGCAAAGGAGUUGGGACUCUCAACAAUGCUGCUAAAACCACUCAAGAUCGCCGAGAUGCUUGUAAUUGCAUUAAAACAACCGCCGCUCAACUUGGCGGGGUUAAUUCUAACUACGCAGCUGCUCUCCCUGGUCUCUGCCAUGUCAAUAUUCCGUACAAGAUCAGCACAUCCACUAACUGCGCCAGCAUUAAGUGAGGUGAGCAAGAUCGAGCAUCAUCCAUCGGGUUGCACCAUGAUCAUAAUAAAACUGCCUAAAUAGGUGUUCGCCUCUAUUGAUGGGUCUCCACUAGGGCGAGUCCCCCAUUCAGUCUUGUGUCGUUGUCUUUUUUUUGUUUUUUUAAUGAGUAGCAUGUGUCGUUAUCUAUGUAUCCUUUGGCGGUAUGAAAUAUGUAAUGCAAAUAAAAUUCUACUAUUUUGUUGAUGUUA